AUGGAGAAUGUUGGACUUCAUGAACAUGAAACUGUUGGAAACCACUACACUUGGUCAAACAAGCACACAAAUGGAAUUAUCUACUCUAGAAUAGAUAAAGCCAUUUACAAUACUGAACGGUUCCUACAAUAUGCUACUAGUGAAAUUGAAAUAUUUCCUCCUCAUAUAUCUGACCACUCUCCAUUGAUGCUGAAAAUGAAUGAUAGGGACAUGGAAAAAAAGAAAAGGAGACACAACUUCAAAUUCCAGAACUGUAUCACUGAAAAACCUACUUACCAUGAUAUAGUGAAAGCCAACUGGGAAAAGGAUGAAUCAGGUAGACCUGUGUACAAAUUCUGGAGAAAACUUAUGAAACUCCAACCUGAUUUCAAGAAACUUACCAACCAAGUCACUGCAGGGGUCCAAAACAUACAGGAAUGUCAAAAUAUGCUGGAACAAACUCAGAUAUUGCUUGCUGCAGAUAAGUUUAAUCAACAACUUAUCAUUGAUGAAAAAUACUGGAAUGAGAAGGUGAUUAGUAGCAUGGAACUUGAGGAAAAGAUUCUGCAACAAAAAUAA